GAUUGAAUAUGAAGUCAAAUCACGAGAGAGUGCUAUUCGUUUCCUUUCAUAGUUGUUUUCUUCUCUCGUUCCUGAUCCCUAAACUAAAAUAAUAUUGUCGUAGUUGUAUAAUAAUUGAUAAAGGAAUUACGGUGGAGGGGAUCAGUGAAAAGGAGGUGGACGAUAGGAUGAGACAGAUUGUGAGGGAGAGUAAAAAAAGACGAGACAAGAAAGAGAGUGGAGAGAUUGGACAAAGAUUGGAAACGGAAUUGAAGAAUUUAGUGAGAAACACAAGAAGACCUGCGACAUCGAUGAUUGAUUUCAUUGAUCAGUUGAUUGGACUCACUAAAUAUCUAAGAAAAUUCUAAAAAUAUCAAAUGACAUUAGAAUAACUGAAGAUUUAUUCCCAAUAUUGAUCAUCUUUUGAAGACUAAGAGAAAAUGUUGUACAGAUCAGAUGUUGUAUAAAACUGUUUCCAGAAAUCUGUGGUAGAAUUCCUAUGAAAUAUUUGAUCUGACCUGAGAUUCUUUGCAAUAUUUCUUUACAUAACUGUCUGGAAUGUCUACAAAAUGCAUUUGGGUUACGUCAAUGAUGAUGAAUUUACAAAAGCAUUGAUUAGACUAAGGUAACACUGAACAGAAAUACAGCAAUAGAACUACUUCUAGGGAAUAAACCACAAGAACAAAAUCAAGAAGUAUAUUUAGUGAUUUGUGUGGAAAAAAUUAUGGAAAAGAGUGAGAAAGUUGAGGAGGUGAGUUUAUCUGAAGACAUGAUAAGAGAGAGCAGAAAACUGACAUUUGACUGUGAUGUCUGUCAAAAGUCUUUCUGUGACAAAAGUCAUCUAACUAGACAUAAACGUAUACACACAGGAGAGAAGCCAUUUCGCUGUGAAAUCUGUGGUAAAUCAUUCUCUCUCAGUGGUAACUUAACAAUACACGUACGUAUUCAUACAGGAGAGAAACCUUAUGUCUGUAGUAUCUGUGGUAAAUCAUUCUCAGGAAGUAGUGACUUUACUAAACACAAACGUAUUCAUACAGGAGAAAAACCAUAUCACUGUGAUAUCUGUGGUAAAUCAUUCUCUAAAAACGUUACCUUAACUUCACACAAACGUAUUCAUACAGGAGAGAAGCCAUAUCACUGUGAUAUUUGUGGUAAAUCAUUUUCUAAAAAUAUUACUUUAACUAACCAUAAACGUAUUCAUACAGGAGAGAAACCUUAUCAAUGUGAUAUCUGUGGUAUAUCAUUCUCUGUCAGUAGUGACAUAAUUAGACACGUACGUAUUCAUACGGGAGAAAAGCCAUAUCACUGCGACAUCUGUGGUAAAUCGUUCUCUGUAAGUUCUCAAGUCGUUGAACACAAACGUAUUCAUACAGGAGAGAAGCCAUAUCACUGUGAUAUCUGUGAUAAAUCAUUCUCUGUAAAUAGUGCCUUAACUAAACAUAAACGUAUUCAUACAGGGGAGAAGCCAUAUUUGUGUGACAUCUGUGGUAAAUCAUUCUCUCGGAGCAGCAACUUAAAUACACAUGUGCGCAUUCAUAAAGUGAAUCAGAAUCUCCAUGGCCUAAAACCUGCAAGAUCAAAAACAAGAAAUGUAUAUGGUGAUUUGAGAAGAAAUACUAUGGAAAUAAAUGAGAAACUCGAGGAAUUGAUUUUUCCUGAAGAGAGAAGGAAAUUAUCAUAUGAUUGUGAGAUCUGUCAAAAGUCAUUCUCUCAAAAAUGUAACCUAACUAUGCACCAACGUAUACCUACAGGAGAGAGGCCAUAUUGCAGUGAUGUCUGUGGUAAAUCAUUCUCUCAGAUUGAUCUAACUUCUCACAAAUGUAUUCAUACAGGAGAGAAGCCAUUUCAUUGUGAUUUCUGCCAGAAGUCAUUCUCUCGAAAAGCUAACCUGAUUACACACAUACGUAUUCAUACAGGAGAGAAGCCAUAUCACUGUGAAACAUGUGGUAAAUCUUUCUCUCUUAGCAGUAACUUAACAAUACAUGUACGUAUUCACACAGGAGAGAAGCCAUAUGUCUGUGAUUUCUGUGGUAAAUCAUUCUCUGCAAGUAAUGACUUAACUACACACAAACGUAUUCAUACAGGAGAGAAGCCAUUUCAGUGUGAUAUCUGUGGUAAAUCAUUCUCUCAAAGUUUUGCCUUAACUAAACACAAAUAUAUUCAUACAGGGAACAAGCCCUUUCACUGUGGUAUUUGUAGGAAGUCAUUCUCAGUUAGUAGUCUUUUUGAUAAACACAAAUGUAUUCAUACAGGAAAGAAACCAUAUCGGUGUGAUAUUUGUGGUAAAUCAUUCUCUCAAGCUUCUGUCUUAACUAAACACAAACGUAUUCAUACAAUUGAGGAUCCAUUUACCUGUGAUAUCUGUGGUAAAUCAUUUUCUGGAAGUAGUGUGUUAACUAGACACAAACGUAUUCAUACAGGAGAGAAGCCUUAUCAUUGUGAUAUUUGUGGUAAAUCAUUCUCUGUAAAUAGUUCAUUGAUUAAACAUAAACUUAUUCAUACAGGAGAGAAGCCAUAUUUGUGUGAUAUCUGUGGUAAAUCAUUCUCUCGGAAUAGCAACUUAAAUACACAUAUACGAAUUCAUAAAGUAGUGUAACUAUAUCAAUAAAAAAAGUCAUGACAACAACCAUUUAAAACUCCUAAAGUUUGGGUUGCCCUGUGUGUUUUAGCCACUGCAAUAAGUAAUCCACUCAUUGUGGCUCCCUUCUUAGGCUGUCAUUUACAGUUGGUGGAAAUUCCCUGACACCAACCCCUUCAGUUGCCUCUUACUGCUUUGGGGGAUAUGGUUUACUGUCAAAUUUCCUCUGAAAGACAAAAUACAAAUAGUCAUCAAUAACUAAAUGUAUUACAGAGGAAUGGAGAUACAGCAGUGUGUGAUAACAGCCUUCCAACAUCAUCAUCAUCAUCGUUUAGCAUCCGCUUUCCAUGCUAGCAUGGGUUGGACGGUUUGACUGGGGACUGGUGAGCCAGAUGGCUGCACCAGGCUCAAAUCUGAUCUGGCAGAGUUUCUACAGCUGGAUGCCCUUCUUAACGCCAACCACUCCGAGAGUGUAGUGGGUGCUUUUACGUGCCACCGGCAUGAGGGCCAGUCAGGCGGCACUGGCAAUGGCCACGCUCAAAUGGUGUUUUUAUGUGUCACCUGCACAGGAGCCAGUCCAGCGGCACUGGCAACACCCUUGCUUGAAUAUCACUACAACUAUAUGUACAUUGUUGAGAUACCUCUAAUAUUUUUAAUAAAAGCAAAUUCUUGCAGAUUUUGAAUUUGUUUUGCAAUAUUUUGACCUGAAACUGUUGAAACCACUAUUUCUAUGUUGGGCAGAAGUCAUAAUUAAUAAAUCCUAUAAACACA